GUGCAGGCUGCAUGGACCGCCGGCCCACUUUCCAACACCAGAUUUGAUUAAGAUCAACAAUAACGCGUCUGACUGACCUUGAAACUGUGGGGAACUACCCUGUAAAUGAAACGUGAACUUCGUUCAAGUCUCUAUUCAAAGAGUCGCAGGGACAACGGAGGAAUCAAAGUCUUCCCGUGCCCCAAGCUCACGGUAGCUAGGGGCGUAAAAUACAUUGAAACUUUCAAAUUAACAGCGUAUGUUGUCUAUAAAAUGAUGGCAGUGUCUGUUGUUCCGAACACGAAGACUGUUUUUAUCUCAACGACGUACAAGAACAGAUUGAUUAUUUGAUUCUAGUGUUGGAGACAUGCCAGGAAUGGAGGUUAUGGUCGUUGCAAGUGAUCAAGGGCAAAGUGUUAAGCUGCUGAGUUCGGUGUAUGAUGAGUAUGGAGGGGUCAAUGUGGACAUGGCCGACCAGCCUAUGAACGUUGAUGUCUUUACUUUCAAGCUUGGAGCUUCCAUUUCUCAUUGGAGAAAGCAGGGUAAGAAAGGUGUUUGGUUGAAAGUACCUAUUGAGCUAGCCAGACUUGUUGAAGCUGCUGUUAAGGAAGGAUUUUGGUACCACCAUGCGGAGCCAAAAUACUUGAUGCUUCUGUAUUGGCUUCCUCAAGGAGCUCAUACUCUUCCUGCAAAUGCCAGCCACCGAGUGAGUAUUGGUGCAUUUGUCAUGAAUGACAGAAGAGAGCUGCUAGUGGUCCAAGAAAAGCUAGGGUUUUUCCGGGGAAAAGGUAUCUGGAAGUUACCUACAGGAACUGUUGAUGAGGGGGAAGAUAUAUUUGCAGCUGCAGUGAGAGAAGUCAAAGAAGAGACAGGAGUCGACGCAGAAUUUGUUGAAGUACUAGCAUUCAGACAAAGCCACAAGUCAUUCUAUGAGAAGUCGGAUUUAUUCUUUGUUUGCAUGCUGCAACCCCUUUCCUUCGAUAUCCAGAUACAGGAAUCAGAGAUAGAUGCAGCUCGGUGGAUACCAUUCAAGGAAUAUGUAGCACAGCCAUUUAUCCAAAAGGACGAGCUUAUGAAGUACGUUGCAGACAUUUGCUUGGAAAAGAUUGAUGGGGACUAUUCUGGAUUUACUCCGGUGCGAACAACUUCAAGUAUUUCUAAUAAAAAGAGCUAUUUGUAUCUGAACAAAUUGAGCAUGGGAAUAGGGAGUAACAUGUUCAUCAGCCCUAGCAUUUAAUUUUAUUUUUUUUUCCAAUUUUUUAUAUGCAUUCUUUCAUUUGUAACGGGAAAAUUUGUUUCCCAAGAUGCUGGAGGGUAGCUAAAUAGACAAACCAUGACUACUAAGGAGCAAAUCUCCAUUUAUGUUAUGCAUUUAUUUUAUAGUCUAAUAAGGAAUUGAUUUCUAAUUCAGAAUCUUUCCUUACUAGAGUCACUAUAGUCUUAGAAGUCAUAACUUCAUUGGUCUUUUAUGUAACCUGUAUUCUAUUGUU